CACAAAUCUCUCACUAACAAUCUAACCCUAACCUAAAUCAAUUUUCCCCCCAAAAAUCAGAAUUCUCCCCCAAAUUCCCCGAAUCCAUGGAAGGGGUAUGCUGCGCGACGUCGCCCGCGUCGCCGUCGAGCUCUGAGAAUCCGAGCAAGCGGAAGCAGACAGCGGAGAAGAAGCCCUACCGCGGGAUUCGGAUGCGCAAGUGGGGGAAAUGGGUGGCGGAGAUCAGGGAGCCCAACAAGCGCUCCAGAAUCUGGCUCGGCUCCUACUCCUCCCCCGUCGCCGCCGCCCGCGCCUACGACACCGCCGUCUUCCUCCUCCGUGGCCCCACCGCCCGCCUCAACUUCCCCGACUGCGUCCCCGACUACGCCCACCAGGACCUCUCCGCCGCCGCCAUCAGGAAGAAGGCCACCGAGGUCGGCGCUAGAGUCGACGCGAUGCAGGCCUUGCCCCGCCCCGAUUUGAAUCAGUUUCCGACUCCUGAAUCAUCGGAGGAGGAUUGAUUUUACUACUAUUACUCAUCUGGUUUUGAUUUUUUUUUUUAGUUUGAAGAUUUAAUUAAAAAGAUGUAAAUCUGGUGGGGGAAAUGGAAAUAAUUAUAGACAAAAAUCUUUCUUGA